AGUUUUCCAGAAAUAUAUAAUGGGAAACUGUUCUGGCACUGCAAAAGUCGAGCUGCUUGAGUCCUUCGAGAACUGGAACAAGCUUCCACCUGAGAUAAAGCUGGAAUGCAUGAAACAUCUAGAUUUUAAGACAAGAUUCAUAAUGCGUAGUGUUUCACGCACCGAGAGGAUCCUCGUCGAUUCACACAAUUUCAAACUCGACUCGGUUCGAAUCGAAGGUCUUUUGCCGUAUCCUAUGAAUACAAUUAUUCAAUCAAGUUUCGACACUCAAAAAAUCACGAUUAAAUCUGGAAAUCAUGAACAAUGUGUGGUCCAUAUGAGAAACCGUCUUCGAUUUAAUGAAACAAUCGUCCCACUGCUUGUCUUCAUUCUCAAAAAUGCAACUAUCAAUGAUUUUUCGAUUGAAACAAUUUUGAAUAUUGAUUGGAGCAAAGUUCUACAAGAUGCUCUCAAUUCGAAGUCAUUGAGCAUCAGAAGCUUCAGUGGAGUAUUGCUGAAAUUUCAAGAAGCAUUUUUCUUUGUCAAUAAGCUCAAUUACACUUCAAAGUCGAUUUAUCUUGACGGACAUGGAUGUAAAAAUUUCCCAAUAGAUCAACUGAUAAGUAUAGAAUCGGUUUCCAACGCAUCAUUGUUGCAAAUUCGCGAUGUUCAGAGUAAAGAUAUUAUCUGGAAAAUUGCAAAUAAAUGGAUCGAGACAGAUGCUGCAAUUGGAACGAGAUUUCAGCUAACUUCAAUGAGCAAGGAAAUUAUUACCCAAUUCUCAUCUCAUUUCAAGAACAGAAUCAUUUCCGCGUCUGACGUCGAGAUUCUCAUCAGGACUGAUAACCCGAUGAAGCAUAUUCUUCUCAAAUUGGCAAGAACUUGGAGAGUUGCAAGACCAUUUACUUGUAUUGUAAUUUCCGCUGAAACCGAACAAUCCGAAUUCGUCAACUUUGGAAUGUGGGUCUCUAAAAAAGUGAUACCACUUUGGGAAUACAUCUCUUUGUUCCUGGCUGAUGAAUUCAACGACGACGAUGGUCUGAAUUUGUCGAGUUUCCUUAUUCUGCUCUUACACUGCAUCUGGCUCAUUUUCAGCAUGCUGUUCAAGCGUACUUUCUACGGUCAAUAACUCAUAUUUCUCUCAAUUUGUUUUGUUAUUUUGUUGAAUUUUCUUAUUGUUGAAAAUAAAAAAAAUAAAAAAAAUCUACAAAAA